AUGAAUACAUAAAAACUUCCUCAUUUAUAAUCUCCAAAGAGACCUUAAACGAAAGCAAAAAAGAAAUCAAUUGCAAUGAAUUUAACAAUAAAAGAUUCCUUAUAAGAAAUAUCAACAUUUCGAACAACAAUUUAGAGCAGAUCUAACAUAUAAUUAUCUCAAACUGAUAGACUCAAAACUUACUCUGAUGUUUCCUAUCUAAAUUUUCGAAAUGCUCCUUACAAAUAGUCUUCUAUCUCAUCUCCAAAAAUACCCUUAAGCAGUAUUGCUAGGGAUCCAUAAUUAUACGAAUUCGUAAAAUUUAUCGGUUAUAUACUUAGCAUAGUUAAGCAAAUAAAACUAACAUAUAUACGUCAAUAAUUAAAGAAAAUGUUAAAGGAACAUUUAUUGACAGUCCAUCAGAAUUAAAAAUGCAUGAGAAAACAAUUGACUUUUCUCCUUUACUCUAAAAUAUUAAGAUACAUUAAUUUAAAUACUACCUUUAAUCAAUUUUAUAACAGGAGUGUAAAACUAUCUUUGAUACAAAAUGUCCUCCAAAUAGACAAUAAGCUGUUGAUCUAUUAUUAUGGUUUGAUAAAAUGAUUUAAACUUUGAACACUGACAAUUUGAGAUUGAUAACUGAUUUAACUAAUUAAUUGUAAUUAGUAUAUUAAACUUGCAUGCAUGAAUUGGCUAGAUAAAUAUCAUAUGAAUGUAAAGAAAGAGGAACUUUAUUAUUAAUUAUUUGGAAUUCAUUUGUAUCUUUUAUAGAAAUGCUUAUUUCAAAUGUUGCAAUGAAUUUUGAAGAAAUGGAAAAUUAAUCAAUUGAAACUGUAUCUAGAAUUUAAAGAACUCAAUAAACAUUUGUUUAACAAUUACAAUAAGAAGUUUAUUAAUUAAAAUAAAAAAUAGAUUAAUUAGAAUUAGAAAAGUUAGAGUUAAACGAUAAAAAUAUAUAUUUAGCAAAAAAAAAUCUUCAAUUAACAAACGAAAUUAAAUUAUUAGGCUCUUAAUUAGAUGAGAUGACUGAUAAUCAUAAUAAAGUAUAUAAUGAAUUAAUUCAAACAAAAUUAUAAAUAGAAAAUCAUUCUUCUUAAUAAAAUCAAACUACAUAAAAAAUAAAAAUAGGAAUUCAAGAAGGUCAAUCAGUUGUAGCACAUUUAUUAUCAAUGAAAAAUACAAUGUUUUCUAAAUUAAAAAAGCAAACUUCUAUAUAAAUUGAAAAAGUUGAAUAAUUAAGAGAAGAUGAAGAAUAUUUUAAGUAAGGAUUAUCAAAAACGGAUAUCGAAUAAUUGAAUUCCACAUUUUAAUACUAAAAUAUGUUAAAAUUACAAUCAAAAGCAUUACUUCCGAUUAAUACUGAAGAUAGUAUGAUAUUUUUAUUAUCUUAGAGGAUGUUUAAACAGAUUAAUCUUUUUCAUUUUUAUUUGAUCAUAUUGAGGAAUUAUUUAAUCAAAGAUAAACUGAUUUAUAUACAAAUAUGUAAUAUUUCUUAUGAAAUUUUAGUUAGAUUUCGAAAAAUGUAGUUAUUUAAAAUUAUAAAGAUUAAUUAAUCAAAUUGUUAUAAUUCUGUAAUAAUAAUUACUCAGAAUCAAAUGUAGAGAUAAAAAAGAAAUUUAUUGAGUAAAUGUUAGAAUUACAAGAAUAAAAGGUUAAUGCAAAAUAUUAUGAGUAAACUUUGUAAGAAGCAACUUAAGAAUUUAUUGAGUUACUAAAAAGAAAAAAAUAAAAAAUAAAAAAACUUAAGAAAAGCCAAACUUAUUUAUAAAAUCGCUUUAAUUCAAGUAAAUUAAUAUGUAUAUAUUUAAAGUGUAAAGUGAAAGUAGUCUUCCUAAAUAAGAUUUUCCACAAGUUUUAGUGAGUUCACCUGGAGUAAAGACCCCUUCAUUUAGAAAUUCUUUAGUAUUAAAUUAAUAGGAUGCUUUAUAAGAAGAUAUAAUUGAAAGUGAUGAAAAAAGCGAAGAAGAUUCAAUUAAAUAAAAUAUUCAAAAAUAAAGUAAUAAAAGAAAAUGUGAUCCUAAUAUUGAUUAAGAUAAUUCAAAUAACAUAAGUCAAAAUAUAAUUGAUUUAUAGAUUGAAGACAAUAAGAAUAUUUAAGUUUAAGAAGAUAAUUAAAUUAAUCAAGAUAUAUAGGAUGUGAUAAAUGAUAAUUAGAAUAGUGAAAAUAUAAUUUAGAACUUUGAGACUGAAAAUUUAGAAAAAAAUAAACCAGAAGAAUUAAAUAUGAAGAAUUCUCAAAAUAAUAACAUCUUAAAUACAAGUGUAAGCAGAAAAAAUAGUCGAAGCAGUUAAAGUAAGCAAAGCAUAGAAGAAUUGGAAUCAUAAAAUUAAAUAUAAAAAAAUUUAUAGCCUAAAAAAAGCUUACCUAAUAGAAAAUCUUUAUAAAUAAAGAGUUUAUCAGCAAUCAAAGACUUGGAUGAAGAACCAAAAUAAUAAUAAUUAAAAAGAAAACAUUCUAAAGUUGUAAAAUAAGUGUAAUUAAGGUCUAAUCAUACUAUAAAUACUCUUGAUUAAUCUAGUGAAGUUAAUGAUAGUGAAAAUUUAUCAUUAGUUUCUAGUGAUGAUUUAUCUGAAAAAACAAAAGAAGAGGAUAUAAAAAAAAUUGAAAAGAUAAGAAAUUUAGUAUAAUAAUAUGGUACUGCCAAUAUCUAAAAAAGGAGAUUUACAAAACCAGUGGCAAUCAAAUUAUCAUUGUUAUCUGAUUUAAAAAAAGAAAGAAGAGUCAAAAGAGUUUAUAGUCAAAAUACAGAUGCAGCUAAUUCAUUAUUACAUGAAGUUAUGAAUAUCAAACUCAAAAAAUAAAAAGAUUCAAUAAUACCAAUUUCAUCAAUUAUUAAAAUUUUUAAUACUAUCAUAUCUGAUACAGCUAAAAAUUAAGAAGGAUAUAAAAUUCCAUUGCAUGUUAGUAUUUAUGAUUUCUUCUUGAAAAAAUAUGGAUUUAAAAAUGUUGCUGAAAAGAAAAUUAAAUAAGUAAUUUUUAGCAUAAAUCUUUAGUUACUCUAAUUUCUUUUUAAUAAGAAAAACUAAUAUCCUAAAUUGCGUUUGAUUUCAAGGUUGUGUUAUAUGGAUGAUGAAAUGGAUGAAGCUGUUUAUAAAUUAAUUGUAGAAUCAAUAAAAUAUUUUCAUAAUAAGUAAGUAUCUUAAUUAUUUAGAGAAAUACAAUUAAAUAAACCUGAAAUAAAUCUAACAUAUGAAUAACUUACUGAAUAUUGCAAUGAUUUUCUAUAAUAGUUACUUGGUUAAACCUAUAUAUCUUAACUUUUACAAUAAUUAAAGUAAAAUAAUAAUAAAUGUAAAUUGUUUAUAAUUCAUUAGAUAUUAUAUUCGAAAAUGUUAUGAUCUAAGUUAUGAAUCUAUAUUUUUAGAAAAAAAGACAAUGUGAAGAUAGUUUAAAAUUAAUAUUUCAAGCUGCUGAUUUAGAUGGAAAUAACCUUAUUGAAUUCUCAGAAGUAUAAUUAUUAUAUCAAUUUAGUUUAAAAAUUUAUACAAAGCUAUCCAUCAUAACAUUUAUGACAAAAAUUUAGUAUUGGAAUAAUUUAUUAGUUAUGCUGACUACAUAGAAGAAUUAUCGAAAAAUAAAAUGAUAACUCUACCUAGAUUUGCAGAAAUGGCUAUUGAACUUAAUUUAUUUUCUAAAGAAUAAAUUAAUUAGUAUAGUAAAGGAUUUGAAACUUUAUUACAAGAAUGGGAAGAACAAAAAAAUUUUAUUAAAUUUAGAUAUUUAAAGGCUGAAAAGUUUCCAAAAGUUAAAUUUACUUUUAACCUAUUAACAGAAUAAAUUAAUUUACUUAAAAAUAAAUAAAAAACAACACAUGAUCCUUAAAGUAAUUUUAAAUUUAUCUUAGCACUUUGGGUGAGUUACAAAUUAUUACAAGAGAAAUCAUAGAGAGUAGUUUUAAAGUAUUAUUUUUUAUAUUUUAGCCAUGAGGCCAGAGAAUGCUUUUUUGAUUUAGUACCUCAUGAAUUAUGGAUUAUAUAACAAGGAUACAGAGCUAUAGAAGAACUAUGUAUAUGA